AUGAUUUCAAUUGCUGACAUCGAGCUGAUAGAAAAUAUACUAAAAUGGAAUUCCACACCAGGAGCAGACGAAAUGUUAAUAGACAGUACAAAAGAAAAUGUGAACUUCUCAGAGAAUGUGUACCAUACAAUAAAAAGUGUAAACGAAAAUAUUGCAAAUAUUUGCAACGAUUCUAACGAUAGGAUAACAAAUUUAACAGAAUUUAGUGAUACGGCUGAUGAAUAUGAUAUUUUUGAAGCGAGUGUUAUUAUAAUAUUGUUUCUUUUAAUAGUGGUAACUGUUAUAGGCAAUACAUUGAUAAUAUCAGCCGUAGUGACUACAAAGAGACUAAGAACAGUUACGAAUUGUUUUGUUACUAGUUUGGCGGUUGCUGAUCUUUUAGUUGGUAUAUUUGUUAUGCCACCGGCUAUAGCAGUCCAUAUAAGUGAGCAUUAUAAAGACGGUAUUGGUUAUAAGAGAAUUGAAUUGAAUUUCUUGGCGGCAAGUGUAAUGUUAAUUUUAACGAUAAUAGUGGCUGUUGCGGCGGCAACGGAAAUAGAUCCCGCCGCACAACAAAUUAUUAUAUUCAAGGAAAAAACUUCCGGUCCCGUCGGUAUAUUAACCACUAGCGCAGGAGCUCCAGUUGAACGUGAUGAAGCUUUAAAUACUUUAAACACCAGGCUGAUUUUCAAUGAAUAUUUUAUGGAUACUAUGACUCAUCUUGUACGUGAAAGAAUUCCCGAAAGAUUAGUACAUGCCAAAGCAGGAGGAGCAUUUGGAUAUUUUGAAGUAACACAUGAUAUAACACAUAUUUGUAAAGCAAAAUUGUUUAGUAAAAUAGGAAAGAGAACACCUGUCGCAGCCAGAUUUUCCCCAGUAGUUGUAGAGAGAGGUGGCAGUGACACAUCUCGAGAUGCUCGUGGGUUUUCUGUCAAAUUUUAUACAGAAGAUGGUAACUUCGAUAUUGUUGGAUUUAAUACACCUAUGUAUGUGUACAAUGACGCGCGUCUCUUCCCAACUUUCGUUCGUGCUCAGAAAAAGAAUCCAGCAACAAAUCUUUUUGACAGCAACACUUUUUGGGACUUUUUAACGUUGCAACCUGAAAGUUUACAUAUGUUUUUAUUAGUGUUUGGUGAUCGCGGAAUCCCGAAUGGAUAUCGUCAUAUGCCGGGAUUCGGAAUUCAUACGUACCAAGUGGUAAACGAAUAUGGUGAUAUUUACUUUGUGCGUUUUCACUUUACACCUGACGCUGGAAUUAAAAAUUUAAGAGCUGAACAGGCAAGGCAAAUUGGUGCUGAAGAUCCGGAUUAUAACACACGAGACUUAUAUAGAGCUAUUGGAAAAGGUGACUUUCCUUCGUGGACGGUUAGUAUUCAAGUACUAACUCUCGAUGAUGUAAAAAAUAGUGAAAUAAAUGUGUUUGAUGUAACAAAUACAAUUCCUUUAGGUGAAUUCCCAUUACACCCAGUUGGAAAAUUUGUAUUGAAUAAAAACCCAGUUAAUUAUUUCGCCGAGAUUGAGCAGCUAGCUUUCAGUCCUGCUAAUUUAGUUCCAGGGAUUUUAGGGGCUCCGGACAAAGUUUUUGAAGCGCGUCGCUUGGCAUACAGAGAUGCUCAAUAUUAUCGUUUGGGGGCCAAUUUUAAUAGAAUACCUGUGAACUGCCCAUUCCAGACUUCAACAUUUACUUAUAAUAGAGAUGGUCGGCCUCCAUUAAAAGAUAACGAGAAAGAUAUUCCUAAUUAUUUUCCUAACUCUUUCAAUGGUCCUGUUCCUUACAUUGAUAAGAAAAAGUCUGAGUUAAUUGAAAUUGUGGAAUGUGAGCCAAAUAAUUUUAAACAGGCAACUGAAUUAUAUGUAAAUGAGAUGACAAGUGAUGAAAGGACUAGGUUAGUCGAAAAUGUUCUAUACAGCUUGGGUCCGGCGGCUUCGUGGUUGCAAAAGAAGGCAGUAAAAAUUUUUUCACUCAUACAUCCAGAUCUUGGUUACCGAAUAGAACAAGGGCUACUCGCAAAUGUUACCAAAAACUACGAUAUAUAU